AUGAUAGUGGAAACAUUGAAUUCCCUCGGAAUUGCUUUCACUUCCAAUCCGACAAGCAGUCAGGCUCAAGCAGGAAAGAUAUUGGUCCUGGCCGCGAUCGGUAUUCAAAUCUGUCUGAUUGUCACUUUCUUCUGUUUCGCCGGAAUUUUCCAUUGGCGGUGCAGUAAGAACGGGAUUCGGACAAAAGCUCUCCCAACUCUUCCGAUCAUCAUGUACGUGAGCAUGUUUUUGAUCUUGAUUCGUUCUGUCUAUCGGAUGGUGGACCAUGCAGGAAAUUCGGCCGUAGACAUUAAUGACUUGAACGCGCUCCGGUCGCUCAGUCCUCUCGUGCGCUAUGAGUGGUAUUUCUUUGUUUUUGAGGGUGCGACUAUGUUGGCAAAUUCACUGUUGUGGAAUGUGUGGCAUGCCAGUCGUUAUCUUCCCCAAUCCAAGAACAUUUUUAUGGCAGAGGAUGGUAUUACUGAAAUUAUGUGGGGGGAAGAGACGACAGGCGAUCGACCAACCCUCGCAAAGACGGUACAUGGGGGGGAUGGCGAUUCUCACCCUGGGGGUCUGGACCCAAAUAUUCCCCCUGAAGAAGCAGACCAAAAGUCCUCUCCGUGA